AUGAAAAACGAGAAACGGCCCUCUGAUGGUGCUGGCUGUGAAAUUAUUGAAAGCAACAGAGUACAUCUCAUUCAAAGAAUGGUAAUGAUCAUUGUCGAGCAAAUAGCAGAUAACCUUUUGGCCUGCAAUGUCAUAUCUUGUGAAGAAGUGAAUGCCACUGCCUGUGAAAAGUUUGAACAAGAAGACUCAAGAAUGAUGAUUUACAUGAUUCUGAAUAAAGGUUCAGAAGCCUGCAAUAUUUUGGUUAAGUCACUUGAGAAACACAAGCCUUUUCUCUUUCAUGACCUGCAAGGAUAUUGUACUACCAGGCAAGUGGAACAAGAUAAAUUAAAUUAUUUGAUUCAGGUUUUAAAGUAUGUGUAUCUAUCUUCAGCUUUUCAAAUACAUCCUCUGGGUAGUGAUAUUGGCAUAAUUUUUUAUUCUGGAACUGCCUAUACUGAUGUCUUGCUGUGGAAAAAAAAUAUACAUAAUAGCAGGAAAGGGCAGCUGAUGCUUAACGUCCUUCUGGAGGAACUGAAAAAUCCCUGCAUUAUAGAAGGAGAAGCUGGCAAAGGAAAAACAACUCGUCUAAAAAGAAUUGCUGUACUCUGGGCUUCUGAAAAUUGCUCCGCUUUGAAAAAUUUCUAAUUCAUUUUCUUUAUCAGCCUGACUAGCACAAGACGUGGAAUAUACACUGUCUGUGAUCAGCUUCAUUUUGAACACCACGUCAUCUGCAAACAAGCUUUCAUGAAAAUGCUACUGGUACAAAGACAAAAGGUUCUUUUACUGUUAGACGGAUAUGAUGAAUUCAAACCCCCAGACUGUCCAGAGAUAGAAGCAAUGAUUAAAGAAAACCACAAAUUCAGGAACAUGGUUAUUAUUGCUACCAGGACUGGAUCUAUUCAUAAAAUCAGACAGUUUGGAUCACUGAUUGCUGUAAUAGGAGAUCUAUCAGAGAAGAGUUGCAAGAAGCUCAUUAACAAUGUCUUGACAAUGGCUCAUGGUCUGUUAAACCAGCUUAAAGAGGCCACUUACAAGAAGAACCUUAUGAAGACUCUACUUGUCAUCAUUGCUUAUGCCACCCAAAUGGGUGAAAGUAAUUUUCAUCCAAGCACCCAGACUCUACUUUCCUCUGCUUUGUAUGACUUGAUGGUGGAGAAAAACAGGUACAAAACAAAAGAAAUAACAGAAAAUCAUAUGAUGCUGAGCAUAAAUCAUUGUGGAGACUUGGCUUUAGAUGGAAUAUUUGAUCAAAGAUUUGAUUUUCAGUCUGAGGAUUUAGCUGACAUAAAAGAAAAAGUCCUGCUAGCUUCAGGUCUUCUAAAUAAAUACACAGCUCAAAGACUAAAGCCAACAUAUAGAUUCUUUCACAAAUCAUUUCAGGAAUACACUGCAGGCAGAAAACUUUGCAAACUAUUGACAUCCUGCCAAGAAGCAGAGGUGAAGAAAAGGUAUAGUUAUCUACAGAAAAUUAAUAUUAUUUCAGAUAUUACUAAUAAUUAUUUCAUGAUUGUCUACACUUGUGGAUCCUCUCUAGAUGCCACUAGAAUAAUUUUGGACUUACUGAGAAUUGAUCAGCAUAGAGAUAAUUCUGAACUGUUUUCAUUAAAUAAUCUGGCUUUGGAAAGAGAAUACACAAAAAAAUCAGAAAAUAUAACAGAAAAGGAAGAUUUAACAGGAACUGACAAGGAUAUUUUUGCGGAGUGUAUCAUUAAUUUCUUUUAUGAAAGUUCUUCAAAAUCAGCCUUGAGCAGAGAUUUUGAAGAGUUUUUUUGUGAUAAAAGUAUUUAUAUUAAUACUCAAAAUUGUUGCUCUGCUGCAAGCCUCAAGCUGCACAUCAGCAAUAGUGCUGGUAUCACAGGAACAUUGAAAGAAGUCCUUGAAACCUGUGAAAACUUACAAGAUCUUACUGUGGAGUCCACACCUCUUACUGUGGAAGAUCAGCAACAGAUCACAACAAUGACAAGGCUGAAAACCUUAUAUAAAAGAGAUCUGCAAAGUGAAAAUCUGGAAGGUGGACUUAUUUAUGGAAUAAAGAAACCUGUGAAUGCUGAAGGGCUUGUAGUUAACAUAAGUAUGGAUGAAGGUGAUGCAAAAAAAUUAGAUCUAACAUACUGAUCCCAGGACUGGCUAAUCUGCAUGAACCACAAGUCAGGAGGUUGCAAAGCUGAAGGUAGCAGAAAUUUGAGAAAGCUACGCUUAUUAUACAUGAAUCAUUUGACAGCUAUUGGGGAUGGCAUAACCUACAUUGUAAGAUCAGUCUCUGAUGAACUAAGUGAACUGGAAGAAAUCCAACUAGUCCACUGCUGUAUCUCCAGCAAUGCUGUGGAAAUUCUAGCUCAGAAUCUUCGUAAUUUGCCAAAACUGAAUGUACUUGCUUUGUCGGAAAAUUUAGAAAAGAAAGGAAAAGAUGUUAUCCACAGACUUGUUGAUGGCUUAAAUGUCCUGCCUGGGAUGAAAGUGCUGAUGCUUCCCUGGGGCAAUGAUGUAAAGGUUUGCCUAAAAAAAUUGUUAAAACUACUGGAAACAAUGCCACAGCUGACGAAACUUGGGUCGAGGAAAUGGAGCCUCACUGAUGUGGAGGUUAGAAUUCUAGGUAAUUUUUUUGAGAAAGAACACCUGCAGAACCUUCAGCAUUUGGACUUGGCAAUGAAUUGUGUGGCAAGCAAACAGCUUUCCUUCAUGCAGCCACUGAUCUCUCUCAAGAAGCUGAUAUCUGUAGAUUUCAGCAGCAAACAAGACUGGGUGCCUGCAUCACUGUUAGUCUGCAAAUUAAGUCAGGUACCAACCACACUGAAAUAUUUAAAGGAGGUUGAAGUCGCUGGAUGGAAGUUUGAUUGCCAUGAUCUUGGACUUAUGGAGGUUCCUGGUGUAGACAAGACAGAAUGCAGUCUCCAGGACCUCACAGUCCACAAAUAUCCCAGGAAAGAACCAUGUACACAAGGCAGCUCCAAACACAGCAAAAGAAAACAAGGAUUUGGCCACAUCUGUAGAAAGCAGUGGGCAACCAAAGACAGCAGACUCUUGUUUCCAGUCUGCCACUGGAAUGAAGGGACAGGAGCACCAGUUAAAGCUUCUGUUUCACUUCUCUAGGGAGUGUUGAACCAUGGGUGCUUGUAUGUCAUGAACCCCUUAACUCUGUGUUAUCUCCUCAUAAGCACUUGUACUUUCAUCUUCAUUUCAGAUGAGAAUGAAAAUGUUGCUGUUAAUGGCAAGGAGAUGAUACCUUACUACCAGCAGAAAUCCAAGGAGAGCAUAAGCUUUCCUAAGGAACAGCUCUCCAGCUAG